ACAAUUAAAUAAUUAAAAAAAAGUAAAUUAAAUUAAUAUUCGCAGUUUGGAAAUAAACUCCUUAAAAAGUUUAACUAAAUAAAUAAAUUAACACCAAUCAUGCAACCUCAAUACGGACAACCAGUUUAUAUUUAAUAAUAGCCCUAUCCUGGCACAUAUUAACCCUAAUAAGGUGGUUAUUACUAACAACCAGUUAUGGUUUAACCAGGAUAUGGCCAAUAAUAGGUUUUAGUAGAAACAGUUAUGAUUGCUUAAGAGGUUCCCUAAGGAUAUCCUGCAGGACAGAUGGGAAUGGGAAUGGGAAUGAAUUAAUAGAGAUAUUUACCAAAUAAUGCUAAUGGAUGUGAAUAUACAACCAGAAUUUAAUGCCCUUCUUGCUAAAAGGAAGUUAAUACAAUUGUCGAAAAUAAGUCUGGUGGUGCUGUGUAUGGCUGGGUAGCCAUUACUUGCUUAUGUUGUUUCCCUUUCUGCUGUAUUCCUUUAUUUAUUGAUUCAUGCAAAGAUAAAGUACAUAAAUGCCCUUCUUGUCAAGCCGAAGUAGGAAUAAACCAAAAAAGCAUGUGCUGA